CUUCUUCUUCUCCCUGUGAGCUUGUAACAAAUUAAAGGAGAAAAAAAAAAAAAAAAAAAAAAAAAAAAAAAACAUGGCAGUGGGUAUAGGAGUAACAGGACAAGGUUCAAGCAACUACAAUGGCAAAAUGACUCCAUUCGUCGUCCUUUCCUGUAUGAUGGCUGCAAUGGGAGGUGUCAUUUUCGGCUAUGAUAUUGGGAUUUCAGGUGGGGUGACUACAAUGGAGUCGUUUCUGGAGAAGUUCUUUCCGGAGGUGUAUAAGAAAAUGAAAGAAGACACUGAUAUCAGCAACUACUGCAAAUUUGAUAGUCAGCUUUUGACUUCCUUCACUUCUUCACUCUAUAUAGCUGGUCUUGUGGCUUCCCUUUUUGCGUCUUCAAUGACCAGAGCUUAUGGUCGGAAACCUUCUAUUCUCGUCGGAGGUGCUGCGUUUCUCGCCGGUUCAGCCUUAGGUGGAGCUGCUGUUAAUAUCUAUAUGCUUAUACUUGGUCGUGUCUUGCUUGGAGUUGGUGUUGGUUUUGCAAACCAGUCGGUCCCUCUGUAUCUCUCAGAAAUGGCACCACCAAAAUACAGAGGAGCAAUCAACAACGGCUUCCAAUUCAGCGUGGGAAUCGGCGCUCUAUCAGCAAACCUCAUCAACUACGGAACCCAGAAGAUCGAAGGCGGUUGGGGAUGGCGGGUCUCUCUAGCUUUAGCAGCUGUACCAGCUUCAAUCCUCACACUCGGCGCAUUUUUCCUUCCCGAAACACCCAAUAGCAUGAUCCAACGCGGCGAGAACCACCACCGCGUCAAGCAAAUGCUUCAGCGAGUCAGAGGCACCGAAGAAGUUCAAGCAGAGCUCGCCGAUCUCAUCGAAGCCAAUGAAGUUUCCAAAACCAUCCACCACCCGUUCAGGAAAAUUACCCAGAGAAAAUACAGACCUCAGUUGGUCAUGGCAAUCAUGAUACCCUUUUUCCAACAAGUUACUGGGAUCAAUGUCAUUGCAUUUUACGCUCCGAUUCUAUUCAGAACCAUCGGUUUGGGUGAGAGUGCUUCACUUUUAUCCAAUGUGAUGACUGGUGCGGUUGGAACUAUCUCCACCUUCAUUUCAAUGCUCAUAGUGGACAAGCUCGGUAGGAGAGUUUUGUUCACGGCUGGAGGGAUUCAGAUGUUGGUGUCGCAGAUUUUGGUUGGAGGAAUAAUGGCGGCUCAGCUUGGUGAUCAUGGUGGGGUGAGUAAAGGGUAUGCGUUUCUGGUUUUGGUAUUGAUUGCGAUUUAUGUUGCUGGGUUUGGUUGGUCUUGGGGACCUCUUGGAUGGUUGGUUCCGAGUGAGAUUUUUCCUUUGGAGAUUCGAUCGGCCGGGCAGAGUAUUAAUGUGGUGGUGAAUUUUUUCUUCACUUUUAUUGUUGCCCAGUUAUUUCUGUCAAUGCUUUGUCAUUUUAAGGCUGGGAUUUUCUUCUUCUUUGGUGGUUGGGUUGUGGUGAUGACUAUAUUUGUUUAUUUGUUUUUGCCUGAGACUAAGAAUAUGCCACUUGAGAAGAUGGAGAAGGUUUGGAGAGAGCAUUGGUUUUGGAAGACCAUUGUUGGUGAAGAGAGUGAUGAGGGCUCUAGGAUGGAAGCUGAAGCAUGAAAAUAUAUAAUAGUUCUGUUCCCAAUUUUCACGUAUACAAAUUCAUUGUCAAAAAAAAAAAAAAAAAAUCAAUGAGAUUUGUGAAUUCUAUAUUUUUUGAGUAAGAAUUCAAAGAAAGGGAAAAUAGUGAAAAUAUAUAAUAGUUCUGUUCCCAAUUUUCAUGUAUACAAAUUCAUUGUCAAAAAAAAAAAAAAAUCAAUGAGAUUUGUGAAUUCUAUA